UCCAACAUCUAGUACGCAUACGAUUAAUAUACGUUUCAUAAAAUGACAUUCAUCGAGGGUUUUUGAAGGGUUUUGCAAACAAUAUCAGGAAAAACCUAGUGCGCAAGCCUGCCUACCAGGGCCAUUCAAGAACCAGAGACCUACAAAACAGUAUUUUGCGAGCUAAAUUGCGAGACAAGUGCGUUCGGGAAAUUACAAUGAACAAUUUUUUAAAACUGAGAGCUGCAAGUUUUGGUCAAAACUCAAUCAUUUUGGCCCUGGGAAGCUCGAGUUCCGCCAAAUUUUAAACUCAGAAAGUUUGAUAGAAACAAAUUCGUAUUUCUAGCCACAUUAGGCUUUUCCCUCAUUUGGCAUCCUAUCUAAUGCUUAAAGUGCUAUCGCCUUCGACUUCUUCUUCACAGAGUCUGAUAAGAAGACUCGCGUUCGGAGUUUCGAACCCAUGCCUUCCUAGCAGUAUUCUUCCGCGGGGCGGCAGGUCACCGUUGCUGCGGUUUUGGGAGCAGAAUAACGAUGUGGUUCAUUUGGCGUAUCGAUGGCGCUGUUUUUGCUCGGAUUCAGGAAAAGGCGGCGACGGUUCGGACGCCGGGGGAUCGUCGGAGGGAGGUUCUUCAGGUGGGAGCGGCGGGGACGUCAAGGGAGAGGCGGCGGGUGCUGCGGUUGAAGAAGCGCCCUUGAAAGCAUCUUCGUCGGCAAUUGUUUCAACCAAUCCACGUCCAGAGGAUUAUCUGACGGUCAUUGCUUUGCCACUGCCACAUAGGCCUUUGUUUCCAGGUUUCUAUAUGCCAAUUUAUGUGAAGGAUCCAAAACUUUUAGCUGCAUUGAUAGAGAAUCGUAAGAGAUCUGUACCUUAUGCUGGUGCUUUUUUGGUCAAAGAUGAGGCUGGAAGCGACUCUCGUUUUGUGUCUGGUAGUGAAACAGAGAAAAAUAUAUAUGAAUUGAAAGGGGAAGCUCUUUACAAGCGUUUGCAUGAAGUUGGCACAUUGGCUCAGAUUACUAGUAUACAAGGUGAUCAAGUGGUUCUAAUUGGCCACCGACGUCUGCGGAUCACUGAGAUGGUUAGUGAGGAUCCCCUUACAGUUAAAGUGGACCACAUUAAGGAAAAACCAUUUGAUAAUGAGGAUGAUGUGAUAAAGGCAACAGCUUUUGAGGUGAUAACAACAUUAAGAGAUGUGCUAAAGACGAGUUCAUUAUGGAGGGAUCAUGUCCAGACAUAUACUCAGCAUGUUGGUGAUUUCACCUGGCCGAGAUUGGCCGACUUUAGUACUGCUAUAUCUGGAGCAAACAAGCUACAGUGUCAGGCAGUGCUGGAAGAACUAGAUGUAUAUAAGCGAUUGAAAUUAUCAUUGGAGUUAGUGAAGAAAGAGAUGGAGAUUAGCAAGAUACAGGAAUCUAUUGCCAAAGCAAUUGAAGAGAAGAUAAGUGGUGAACAGCGUCGCUAUCUUUUGAAUGAGCAGCUCAAAGCAAUUAAGAAGGAGCUAGGCUUGGAGACAGAUGACAAGACAGCGCUUACCGCAAAAUUUAGGGAGAGACUUGGAUCAGAUAAGGAGAAGUGCCCAUCACAUGUCCUGCAGGUGAUUGACGAAGAGCUUACAAAGUUGCAGCUUUUAGAAGCCAGUUCGAGUGAGUUCAAUGUGACUCGGAACUAUCUUGAUUGGCUUACAUCUCUGCCUUGGGGCUCUUACAGUGAAGAAAACUUUGAUGUGCUCCGAGCUCAGAAAAUACUAGAUGAAGACCAUUAUGGUCUCUCCGAUGUCAAGGAAAGAAUUUUAGAAUUUAUAGCAGUUGGAAAGCUUAGAGGAAUAGCUCAGGGUAAGAUUAUUUGCUUCUCUGGGCCUCCUGGCGUAGGUAAAACUAGUAUUGGAAAAUCAAUUGCCCAUGCUCUAAAUCGCAAAUUCUACAGAUUUUCUGUGGGAGGCUUGGCUGAUGUUGCAGAAAUAAAGGGACAUCGACGGACAUAUGUUGGUGCAAUGCCAGGAAAAAUGGUGCAAUGCCUUAAAACUGUUGGCACAUCCAAUCCUCUUGUCCUUAUUGAUGAGAUUGAUAAGCUGGGACGUGGACAUGCAGGAGAUCCAGCAAGUGCUCUGUUAGAACUGCUUGAUCCGGAGCAAAAUGCUAAUUUUCUUGAUCAUUAUCUUGACGUUCCUAUAGAUCUUUCCAAGGUUUUGUUUGUUUGCACUGCAAAUGUGGUGGGGACGAUUCCCAAUCCACUAUUGGAUCGAAUGGAAAUCAUUCCCCUUGUAGGUUACAUCACUGAUGAAAAGAUGCAUAUUGCCCGUGAUUACCUUGAGCGGACUACUCGGGAGGCUUGUGGUAUCAAUCCUGAACAGGUUGAAGUAACUGAUGCAGCACUACUUGCACUUAUAGAAACUUACUGCCGUGAAGCUGGAGUGCGGAAUCUUCAAAAGCAUAUAGAAAAGAUUUACCGCAAGAUUGCUUUGCAACUGGUUCGUAAAGGUGUAACAUCCACAGUCACUGCUGAAGGAGGAAACAAGCAGGAAGAUUUUCAGGAGUCAACUGAUGCAGAGCAUGCAGUUAAAGAGAAAAUUGUUGCUGAUUCAAAUGAAAACAAAGCUGAUGUGGAAUCAGAUGGUACAUAUCCAGAAGUUAAUUCUCACGAGGAACCAUUAACCUUGGAAAAGGAAGUUGCUGAGGAAUCAGCUAGCGCAGAAGAGCCUUCAACUGGUUGUCAGGAUGGGGAAAUAAUUAUUGAUGCACAGGAUGCAGAACCUAAGCAACUACAGGAGAAGAUAGUUAUUGAUAAAUCAAAUCUAUCUGAUUAUGUGGGUAAACCAGUUUUUCAUGGGGAAAAAAUAUAUGACCAAACACCUAUUGGUGUUGCCAUGGGUCUUGCAUGGACAGCUAUGGGUGGUUCAACCCUUUACAUUGAAACGACCUUUAUAGAGAAAGGUAAAGAUAAAGGUGGCCUGCAGUUGACUGGGCAACUUGGAGAUGUCAUGAAAGAAAGUGCUCUGAUAGCUCACACUGUGGCCAGGAGCUUUCUUGCAGAAAAAGAACCAGAAAAUAAUUUCUUUGCAAAUUCCAAGCUUCAUUUGCACGUUCCAGCUGGAGCAACACCAAAAGACGGUCCUAGUGCUGGCUGUACUAUGAUUACGUCAAUGCUUUCUCUAGCAAUGAAGAAGCUUGUGAAGAAGGAUGUUGCAAUGACAGGAGAAGUCACUUUGACAGGGCGGGUUCUUCCUAUUGGUGGGGUUAAGGAAAAGACUAUAGCUGCAAAGCGAAGUGAAAUAAAAUGUAUCAUAUUCCCAGCAGCAAACAAGCGAGAUUAUGAUGAGCUAGCUGCAAAUGUGAAGGAAGGCCUAGAAGUUCAUUUUGUUGAUGAGUACAGUCAAAUAUUUAAUAUUGCAUUUGGGGAAGAGAAAGAAUUGGAAAAGUGAGAGUUUAUGGCCUGUUUGGUGAUUGCUGCAGAGGUCUGUCAGCUGGGAGAUUAUGGUUUGAAAGGAUGCUGCCACGGUUCCCUAUUUAUUUUGCCAUUUUCUACUCCGGGAACUUGAAAAUCAGCUGCAACAUAAUCAUUCAUGCAACUGCUUGGCAGACAAGCUGUUAUAUGCCUCCUUUUGUUCUAAUUAAAUAAUUGUUGGCAUCUGAGGUUAUUUCUAACUCUUCAAUUGGUGAGCUAGUUGCAAUGGUAGCAGAAUGAGUCAAGUCAACCUUUUUUCUUUAAAUUGAUAAAUCUCAAAACUGUUAGUCAAUGAUCCUGCAAAGAUUUUUUCUGGUCCCGUACAUUUUUGUUGACUUGCAUAUCUCCAUACAUUUCCCUACAUGAUCAUAAAUUCUAGCAAAUUUUUUUCUGCUUCAAUGAGAGAGAGAGAGAGAGAGAGAGAGAGAGAGAGAGAGAGGAAAUGAACAAUUCACAGGUUUGAUUGUGUCUCCUUGUGGGUUAUCAUAUGAUUGGUCUUGAUCUUAAAGGAGACCUAUCCAUUUUGUUUUUUACAAUUUCUAUUGCCACAUGUUUCUGAUGUGGCUUCAAAUAAGAAGUCUUAAAUAUGCAUCUCCUUAA